GCCAGUCGUGGGACAUUUAUUUGUAAGCGCAAGGGUGACACUGGAAUAAAGUUGACCUGUUGACUUUGGAGUAUUAUGGAAUAGUUGAAGAUCUGAGAAGAGGAAAUAAAAGACAUUUCGUAACCUGGGGUGAUGUGAGGACCACAGCAUUCUGGAACAAAACAUUUAUACAGUAUAAAGGUUACCAGACUAGGACUAAUACAGGACUAAACCUUUUGGAGUACUUGAUGUCAGAGACUUGCUAAGAAAUUACCACCUUCAUCACUGGAAACAGAAGAGGCGUGCACACAUGGAGUCCAAUAUUUCAGGGUCCUUCCUCUUCAACAACACCUUGAAUCAGUUCCCCACAGACAUCAAGGCCCAAGUAUGCCAGUACUCUAUUCCUAACUCUUUCUACAAACUCGGUCACACCAACAUCAACACCCAGCUGGCGGCGGCUGGCACUCCGCAUGGCAUCAGCGACAUCCUGAGUCGAUCCAUGGUGGGUGGUCCGGGAACCCCAGCUCUGUUAUCAGGGUACCCCACCAUGGGCAGUUUUGGGACGACCGUGCCCAGCCCAGGGAUGUAUUAUAAUCGGGAUUACGCCCCAUCAGGACUGGGCAGUUUUCCUAAAGCCAGUGUAGAAUGCCCAGGAAUGAAAAGCAAAGCGGGCAGCUGCUGGGUGGAUGGAGGGUACGAGUGGAGAGGACCGAGACAGCAGUGUGCCAAUAAUAUGCAUCACUCAGAAGCUGCAGGAAAAAAGAAGCACACGAGACCAACCUUCAGUGGACACCAGAUCUUCGCCCUGGAGAAAACUUUCGAGCAGACCAAGUACCUGGCAGGACCAGAGAGAGCGAGACUUGCAUACUCACUGGGAAUGACCGAAUCUCAAGUCAAAGUGUGGUUUCAAAACAGACGCACGAAAUGGCGCAAGAAAAGCGCGUCUGAACCGAGCUCCACGCAAGCGUCGCGGAGCGAGAGCGCAGGAGACGCGUCUGAAAAUGAGGUGGAGGAUGAAGAAUACAACAGACCACUGGACCCCGAUACUGAUGAUGAGAAGAUCCGACAAUUACUGCGCAAACACCGCAGAGCUUUCUCUGUACUGCGCCUACAGGGACCACAUCAGAUCUGAAAGCACUCGGAGACAGACAAACACACAAGAAUAUAAAGACCAUAUACGCACACAUACACCUGUUCUUGGUAACACUUUCUAUUAAAGCUGAAUAUGAAUGCUAAUAUAUAGGCUACAUUAUUUUACUUUUGGUCUCCACAAAUAUAUAUAUAUUUUAUUGUCAACACUUUAUAAUAAGGUUGUAUUUGUUUUAAUAAUCAAAGUACAGUUCAUGUUAAUUUCAGCAUUUAAAGUUAUAACUGUUUACAUUAGUUAAUACACACUGAAUUAACAUGAGCAACUGUAAAUACAUUUCUGUAGAAAUUACAGUGUUAGUAGCUGCCAGUAACUUACUGUAGAUUUUACAUUUAUGUUUAUUAUUGGCAACAGUUUGUUUAAUGUUAAAUAAACAUGAAACAUUAUUAGUCUUUAUCUUCUACAGUAAGUUACCGGCAACCAGCUGCAUAAUUACAGCUAAAUUUUUUUCAGUGAAAUAAAACCUUAUUGUAAAGUGUAACCAUUUUAUUUUUAGGGUAUAAGGUGUAACUAAAAAAUUAUAAUGUAGAUAGAUACUAUAACCAUGUUUACAAAUAUUGUACAACAUGAUACUUUAAAAUACAUUUAGAAGUAGCCUAAAGGCUUUAUAGAAAGUGUUACCCAGUUGUCUUUUCUUUGUUUAUUUGUAUGUGUUGAUCAAAAUAUUCAGAUGGAAAAACCACAGUACAGUACAUAGUUAAUAUAUUUAAAUGCUCAUAAGGUUGUAAAAUAAGGUAACAGCAAGUACAUUUAUUUAACAAUGUGAGCAACAGUGUCUGGCUCGGUGUAAUGUAUGUAGUCUUAUUUUUUUGACCGACUAAGAAAUUAUAUUUAAGUUAAUUCAUAUAAUAAUAGCACAAAUUGAAAAUCAAAUGAGGUUAGCUGUUAUCUUCAUAUCAUCUUUAAUGGCUUACUAAUGCAGUCCUUUAAGUUCACAAAUCACACUGGCAAUGUUACAGGACUCAGCAUGGGUUGCAUUAUGUCAUGUUAGCACUGUGAAUGUGAAGAGAUUUUUAUUGCACACAUGAAAAGAACUGUAGUAUACUAUAGUAUUUACUAUAGUAAAAUGUAGUACAUUAUGGUAAUUACUACACUGUUAAUGUAUGCUACAGUACAGUUCAGUAGUAUUUACAAUAGUAAAUUGAUCAUUUUUUGUAAAUACAGUAGUAUACUGUAGCACAACUGAAAUAUGUUUAUUUUGACAUCGAGAUCCCCUAAAAAUCUGAUCACAGUUAAAUAAAAUAAUCAAAAACAAAUACACUG